AUGGACGUCAACAAGAACCACGAGGAAAGCAUAGAUCAUGGCAGAGCUGAACAAUCUGGUUUCGUUGGGGCCGACCUGAACGUCCCAUACAUAUUCAAUAACGACGCGGUAGCUGAAGAGGCGGAGAAUGGUGGUGAUGUUAUCAUGGUGGAUGAUGCAGCCGAUGAGGAACUAUUCAACGAAGAGCGGUCGGAGCAAAACGGGAAGACGGAGAACGUCAACGUUGAUAAAACCGACAAUUUCGAGGCUGAGGCCGUCCCACCACUUCAAGAGAAUGAUGACAGCACAUAA